AGGCCUCGCCUGAUAUUAAUAAUAGUAGUAGGCCUUGAUUCUAGAAUAGAAAGAAAUAAUUGUCAUUAGUUAGCCAACCACCAAUCAAGACAGAAGUAAUAAACUCUAGCUCCAAGCGACCUGUUUUAUUUCCUUGGUUACGGCCUUGGUUACGGCUAUAACAGCUGGCGACGAAAAGAAAAAUUUGAAGCAACUCGAAGACCCUCAAGAAAAACCCCCGAAAACAUCAAGAAAAUGCCCGACGCGGAUCUGAAGAACGCCAUCCUGCAGCUCACCAAUCUCAUCGCGCGGCAGCAGCACCAGAUUGAAGCGCAGCAGCAGCAAAUCGAAAAUCUGGGAAUCCGUGGCCACCCCGGCUCCGGCAGCGAGAAAAUCAUCGAGUCUUUGGCAAGCGGCAUUCAAGAUUUCCAGUACGAUCCGGACGGCGGAGUUUUCUUCGAUGGCUGGUACGCGAGGUACGAGGACGUCAUCACGAAGGACGGCCAAUCCCUGGACGACGCCGCCCGUGUGAGGUUGCUUCUACGCAAGCUAAGCACACCUUUGCACGAAAAGUACGUGAAUACCAUUCUUCCCAACCACCCCCGGGACUUCACCCUGGACGAGACCGUCACGAAGCUGAAGAAACUGUUCGGUCGGCAGAAAUCGGUCUUUCAUUCCCGUUACCAAUGCCUGCAGUACGCAAAAAGUGACGCGGAUGACUUCACCUCGUAUGCUGCCAUGGUGAACAAACACUGUGAAGCGUUUCAACUCUCCAAGCUCACCCCGGAUCAAUUCAAGGCGCUCCGUUUCGUCUGUGGACUCCAAUCGCCACGGGAUGCGGACAUCCGAACAAGAUUGAUCUCGAAGCUGGAAGCCGACGAAACCGCAGUCAACGAACAAGGAGAAGCGGCCAGCAAGGUCACCCUGGAGAACCUCGUGGAAGAAUGCCAUCGCGUGGCCAACCUCAAACAGGACACACUGAUGGUGGAGAACAAGGAAGCACGCAACGUCAACAUUGUCUCCCGCAAGCCGAAGAAUCCUGUGAAAAAUCCGAAAAUCCUCAAAACGCCCUGCUGGAAGUGUGGUGACCAGCACUACGUACGCGAGUGUCCAUUCGCUUCGCACACCUGUUCCAGAUGCAAGCAGCAAGGACACAAGGAGGGGUACUGUUCAAGCAACAAGCCUACGCCCUCGAAGCCAUUCAAGCAGACGAAACCCAGAGAGAACGUGAAGACGAGGAGCAUCCAUACCGUUCGGAACGUCGGAAGCAAGCGGAAGUUUAUCCCGGUCGAGCUCAACGGUAAAACAGUCAAGCUCCAGCACGACUCGGCGUCCGACAUCACCAUUAUCUCCGAAGAUACUUGGAACAGCAUCGGACAGCCACCCACUCAACCGACGGAGGAAUCUGCAGUAACAGCUUCUGGUGGCAACCUCAACCUUCUCGCCGAGUUCCAAACCGAGAUCACCAUCAGGAAUGUGACCAAAACCGGUCGCAUCUUCAUCUCGGACAACGCUGAACUCAACGUUCUUGGAAUCGAAACUAUGGAUCUAUUCGAUCUGUGGUCUGUGCCGAUCAGCAGCUUGGUCAACGUCGUACACCAACGUCCCGACCAACAACCCGAUGAAUACGUGAGUCAACUCAAGCAAAACUUCCCGGAGGUUUUCCGAAGCACGCUGGGUAGGUGCACUAAAGCGCAAGUGAAGCUGUAUCUGAAGCCUGAUGCACGACCUUCCUAUUGCCCGAAGCGACCCGUGGCGUACGCUGCGCUCCCCAAGGUAGAUGAAGAACUCGAAAGGCUCCAGAACAACGGUAUCAUUUCUCCGGUUCGAUUCUCGGACUGGUCAGCUCCAAUAGUCGUCGUACGCAAAGCGGACAACAUUUCGGUCCGUGUGUGUGGUGAUUAUUCGACGGGGUUGAACGACGCGCAGGAAUGUGACCGCCACCCACUGCCUCAUCCUGACGACCUCUUUGCGGAACUGGCUGGAGCACGUUACUUCACACACCUCGACUUGUCUGACGCUUACCUGCAGGUCGAGGUCGACGAGGAAUCGCGGAAGCUACUCACGUUCAACACCCACCGUGGCCUAUUCCAGUACAACCGAUUACCCCCUGGAGUCAAGUCGGCACCCGGCGCUUUCCAGCGCAUCAUCGACAGCAUGGUGGCCGGCAUCCCUGGAGUCAAGCCGUAUCUGGACGACAUCCUCAUCGCUGGUCGGACCAAGGAGGAACAUGACCGCAAUCUCUACGCCGUUCUCAACCGUAUACAUGGCAUCCGCCCGGACCCUUCCAAAACCGAUGCCAUUUCCAAGAUGCAACCUCCGAAGGACGUUCAGCAGCUCCGUUCCUACCUCGGUGCUGUGAACUACUAUGGUCGAUUCGUGAAGCAGAUGAAAAAACUCCGGGCCCCCCUGGACAACAUGCUCAAGAAGGAUGCCCGUUGGAAUUGGACCGACGAAUGCCAACAAUCCUUCGAGCAGUUCAAGGCCAUUCUACUCUCCGAUCUGCUGCUCACCCACUAUGACCCAUCCAAGGAGAUCAUCGUCGCAGCAGAUGCAUCGAAGUACGGCCUUGGCGCAGUCAUCAUGCAUCGGUUUCCGACCGGUGAAGUGAAGGCAAUCGCUCAUGCCUCUCGCUCACUGACCCCGGCAGAAAUGAACUACGGACAAGUGGAAAAGGAAGCAUUGGCCCUGAUUUUCGCUGUCACUCGCUUCCACAAGAUGCUGUACGGACGCCACUUUCUCCUGCAGACCGAUCACCAACCGCUCCUCAAGGUUUUCGGUUCCAAGAAAGGUAUUCCUGUUUACACCGCGAACCGAUUGCAGCGUUGGGCCUUGACACUCCUGCUGUAUGAUUUCGACAUCAAGCACGUUUCAACGACAAACUUCGGCUAUGCAGAUUUCCUUUCGCGGCUGAUGUCAUCGCAACGAAGGCCGGAUGAAGAUUACGUGAUAGCCGCCGUAUACGUCGAAUCCGAAGCGAAAGCAAUACUCGAAGACACCAUCAGCAACCUCCCAGUCACGCACCAGAUGAUUGUGGCCGAAACACGAAAGGACCCAGUUCUCCAGCAAGUGAUGAACUUCCUCAAGGAGGGUUGGCCGGCCCAACCGAAGCAAAUCGCGGAUCCAGAUGUUAAGAAGUACUUCGCAAGACGAGAUGGACUUCAAGUUGUUGACGACUGCAUCAUGUUCGGCGAUCGAAUCGUCGUUCCCCUCAAGUUUCGAAGGCGGAUUGUUCGACAAUUGCAUCGUGGACACCCAGGAAUGGACCGGAUGAAGUCUCUGGCCCGAAGCUACAUCUACUGACCGAAUGUGGAUGACGACGUAACGCAGUUCGUUCGAGAGUGCACAGCGUGCGCUGAAGCAGCGUCUCCGACAAAAGCAAGCUUGGAGUCGUGGCCUCUUGCAGUCAAGCCGUGGCAACGCGUCCACAUUGAUUUCGCUGGCCCAAUCGACGGUUAUUACUAUUUCGUCAUCGUGGAUGCCUACUCGAAGUGGCCCGAAAUUUUUCGCACCCGUUCCAUCACCACAACCGCAACCCUGGAUCUGCUUCGUGAGACGUUUUCCCGUUUCGGCAACCCGAACACUCUGGUCUCGGACAACGGCACGCAAUUCACCAGCGUGCAGUUUCAGCAGUAUUGUCGUGAAAAUGGUAUCACCCACCUCCGCACUGCUCCCUACCAUCCGCAGUCCAACGGUCAAGCGGAACGAUUCGUUGACUCCCUCAAGCGCGGUCUCAAGAAGCUGAGCAAGGGGGAAGGCUCACCCACACUGGAGCACCUGCAGACAUUCCUCUCGGUAUAUCGGUUACGGCUAUAACAAUUAUCAAUGAAUGCUAUCCACUCAAGAUCUUCGCUACAUUAAAUUUUGAAUUACUGGAGGCUUCACUUAUUAACAAAUUUACAACAAACACGCUAUAACAGUAUCUAGAGAAUCGUGGAGGGUGAGAAACCUGAACUAGUAGCAGUAUUCAUAUAGAUUAACAAUUAUACUCUAUUAUUUUCAAUCAUUGCAACAUUAUACUAAUACCCUAAUACCUAUGUGCGGGCCGCCCAUUUGCGGAGUUGUACGGCCAAUUAUUCUCUUUCCAUUCCAGAAACGACCGUUUUGAAGCAAGAAGUGUCCUAAUGGCCAACACAAACGGGACUUGUCCGAAACACACAAGAUAAGUACAACAAUUUUAUAAUCAGGCACCCAACUCUUUCUACUAUUUUGCGCUAAUAGAUAAUGCAAUAUGCAUACUUCAAUAUCAAUUAUUUGUUUGUUUGCGCCUUUAUUUAUGACACUAUUGAAGCAUUCGUGUCGCCGCGAAAUAGUUUACAAUUUAUCUUAUUCACAUUUAUCAAUUCACUUUAAAGUAUCUAACACUGCUUUUACAAUUGUGUAUGUAAAGUUCUAUCUUAAAAUUAUGUUCAUUAUUAAUAGUAGUCUGAUAAUCCAAGGCUAGUGAUUUUUUUCCCCAAGGAAUAGAAAGAGUUGGUGUCAUAAUCAAUACAAUACUUGAAACUGGAAACUCCUUAUUUCCCCCUAUGGGUUAUAGGUAGGGGCGGGACAUUCGAGCCUACUCAUCAGUGGAAAGGACUUGAUAUGCUAAUCGGUUUAGCAUAGGGCAGAUACAAGUCUACUGGUAGACGUAUCGCCCAGCGAAACAACGCAGAUUGGCCACGGCCCGGGGUGCGUUGAUUAUAACAGAAUAACAGAGAAGGGACCAGAACAUAUGGGCGAUAAUAAUGAAA